GCCCCUCGCACGUGAUGACUGACAUUGGCCCUUCUAGCCAGGAAGAGGAAAACGACUGCCUGUGAGAGAAUACUAAACGGAAGAAAUACCUUACCUCAAAAUAAACAGUUUUUUCACUUCACUACAAACUUAGUUAUUAAACUUUGGGAAAUGGAUGACACACUCUUCCAGUUAAAGUUCACAGCCAAGCAGCUGGAAAAGCUAGCUAAAAAGGCAGAGAAAGACUCGAAGUCAGAGCAGGCAAAGGUUAAGAAGGCUCUGCAGCAGAAGAACGUGGAGUGCGCGCGGGUGUACGCAGAGAAUGCCAUCCGUAAGAAGAACGAGGGGCUGAACUGGCUCCGCAUGGCGUCCCGCGUCGACGCCGUCGCCUCCAAGGUGCAGACUGCGGUCACCAUGAAGGGGGUAACGAAGAACAUGGCGCAGGUGACCAAGGCCCUGGACAAGGCCCUGGGCUCCAUGGACCUGCAGAAGGUGUCGGCCGUCAUGGACAAGUUCGAGACGCAGGUCCAGAACCUGGACGUCCACACCUCCGUGAUGGAGGACUCCAUGAGCUCGGCCACCACGCUGACCACGCCCCAGGAGCAGGUGGACGACCUCAUCGUGCAGAUCGCGGAGGAGAGCGGGCUGGAGGUGAUGGACCAGCUGAGCCAGCUGCCCGCCGGGGCCACGUCGCUGGGCGAGGGCUCCUCCCGCACGCAGGAUAAGGAGGACCUGCUCUCCCGCAGAUUGGCUGCCUUGCGGAACUGAAGCUCUCUCAUUGGCUGCCACCGCUGAGGAAAGAAGAGAGGAGCUGGGGUUCUAUCACUUUGCCUGUACCACCCUCCAUCCCCCCCUCCCUCCCCUCCCUCCCUUGUUUCCUCUAGAUAAAGCAGGGUGAGAGGGUGUGAUAAGGUGGGGAGGGAGGUAUGCCCACCCACCAGCACAUUAAUGCCUGACACACACCUUCUCACAACGUCCUUUUCUCCAUCUCCCUCUCUCAUGCUGUCUUUCCUAGAGGACAACCCUUUUGAAUAUGGAGGAACGAUUAUGAGACGUGUUUUAAAUUGAAAGCUGUAAUCAUUUCGGGAAAGGUGUUUUUUUCCCCUUGAGGCUCUACCGAGGGACAGAUUCAGAGCUGUAGGUCAUACUGUGGAGCCACACGGGUUUUAAAAAUAUAAAUAUGAAUAUA